UCUCAUCCUUUUGCUUACUCAACGAAUCCGGUUCUACCCUUUUCAUUAUCUCUUGGCAAAAUACCUAACGUGAUGGCGCCCAAGGCAGAGAAGAAGCCAGCGGAGAAAAAGCCGGCGGAGAAAGCACCGGCGGAGAAGAAGCCACGAGCGGAGAAGAAGUUGCCGAAAGAAGGUUCGAGCGACAAGAAGAGGAAGAAGGCAAAGAAGAGCGUAGAGACGUAUAAGAUAUAUAUAUUCAAGGUGUUGAAGCAGGUCCAUCCUGAUAUUGGGAUCUCUAGCAAGGCUAUGGGUAUAAUGAAUAGUUUUAUCAACGACAUUUUUGAGAAGCUCGCUCAAGAGGCUUCGAAGCUUGCUCGUUACAACAAGAAGCCCACCAUCACUUCACGAGAGAUCCAGACUGCUGUGAGGCUGGUGUUGCCUGGGGAGCUUGCUAAACAUGCUGUUUCCGAGGGGACUAAGGCUGUUACUAAGUUCACUAGUUCUUAAAGUUUAGGUUUUCUUAUGGUUCUUUAGUGGGUGCUUUAGAGCUAUUUGAGUGGUGAUAUUAGGGAUCUAGGGUUUCUGGAUGUAAAUUGUGUUUCUGGGUUAUUGUUUUUUUUUUUUUUUAAUUGAACUUUGACUGGUUUAAAUUAAUGAAUUUUCUGGUUCCUAA